GAAGUCUGGUAUCAAUUCCUUUGGAGAUGUAGACAGCCAACGCCAAUUGAAACCAUCACGCGAGCCAAAGCCAUGACAUGCAACAAAACAUGAAGAAACAAAGACCAUUUAAUCCAUUCAUAAUGCAAAAGCCCCCUGUUUCUGUACCCAAGCCGAAUCAAUUGAUCGUAUUACCCAGUUGGUCGCAUCAAUUUAUUACCCGUGAGACGGAGGAGGGGAAAUGGUGGAGGAGCCUGGCUAGACGGGCCAGAAGAUGCCACAUGUCCAAUAUUCGUGCUGGGCAAACGAGGUAACCUCGGAUUAAGGUGCUCGCGAUGCUGACACAAGGAAUCGCUUCUUUUGUAUCAUUGCAUGCAGCACGAGAUAUGCUGUCCAAUAUUGCUG